UCUUCUGUGAAAGCUUACACACAAUCAGAUCUAGAGAUCGAAGCAUGGCUUGUGUAGCUGUAGCUUCUCUUCUCAGAACAAUAGAGCUUGAGUUCCUGCAAUAUCAGCCACGUCCAGUUGUUCUAGACAAUGAUCUCAUCUCUCCCAACAAAGACUUUAUCCAAUCUUUUCACCAAAAGCUUGGAUUUCUCAUAAGUCAGCUCGAUGAGGAAAGAAUCGAUAUGGAUGGUGUUGAAGCAGUUAAACACUUGGAAACAAAGCUCAGGGAUUUAGCUUUCAGAGUGGAAGAUGAAAUCGAAAUCCUAAUAGCACACCUUUAUGAUGAAGAGGAAGAGGAAGAUGAAGUCAAAAUAGCAGAUCUCGUUUUGAAAGAGGAAAAACCACAGUUGGACACAGAAGGGGAGAAGUCUCAGCCUUAUUGUGUGAAACUUCAUCAAGUUUUUCAAAGUGCAAUGGAAGAAAUUGAAGCCAUCGAGGAAGAGUUGCUGAAAAUCAAGGCAGAAGGAAGAAAGACAGGCCAUGAUGUUCUACAAAGGUCUCAAGUUCUUUCCUCCCACCAUGCUUCACACUCCAAGGAAGAAAUGGUCGGGAAAAAAGACGAGUUUGAGAUAAUCAAGAAGAAGCUAACUGAACUUGGAUCUAAGGAAAGAAAAGUUGUAUCAAUAAUAGGUACGGGAGGAAUCGGUAAGACAACUUUGGCCAGACAAGUUUACGAAGAUUCAUCAGUUUCUAUCUACUUUGACGUGCGAGCUUGGGUUGUCGCAUCACAACUUCACAAUAAGAGGCAAAUGCUUGUAAGUCUUCUUAAUUCAAUUCCCAAACAAGGCAACCUAGAAAACUCCACUGAUGAGGAUCUUGCUUUAAAACUCUAUCAAUUUUUAAAGUGUCAAAGGUACAUGGUUGUGGUUGAUGAUGUGUGGAGUCGUGAGGCAUGGGAUGAUGUUAGCGAUUGCUUUCCUGAUGAUGGAAAUGGGAGUCGAGUAUUGUUAACUACUCGCCUCGCAGAGGUGGCAAAAUAUACUAGCUCCGACAUUGAUUUGUUUCAUCAUAUGCAAUUAUUAGAUCAAAGUGAUAGUUGGAAUUUAUUUUGUGAAAAGGCCGGUAAAUCUCAUGGUGCUGAUUUUGAGAUAAUCGGGAGGCCAAUUGUUGAAAAAUGCAAAGGAUUGCCUCUAGCAAUAAUUGUUGUUGCCGGACUGUUCUCCAAACUCAACACACUAAAUGAGUGGGAGAAGGUUGCAAAAGCUCUAGAUUCUUCUACAACAACAAGUAUUGCGACAACAUGUUCAAAAAUACUCUCACUGAGCUACAAUCACUUGCCUCACCACUUAAAGGCAUGUUUUUUAUAUUUAGGGGUCUUUCCAGAAGAUGAUGAGAUCAAUGCUAAUAAGCUUUCAAGGUUAUGGUCUGCGGAAGGACUUGUAAAGGCACCUAAGAAUGAUGUAGUGGCUGAAAGUUACAUACAAGAACUUAUGGAUCGAAACCUAAUUCUUGUGAGAAAGUGGAGUUGUUGUGGAAGAAGAAUUAAACUGUUUGGGGUGCACGAUUUAUUGCAUGCCUUUUGUGUGAAAGAAGCUCAAAAGGAGAACCUUCUGUAUGUUGUUCGAGAAAAUGGUUCAGAUUUUCCUCAAAGAUGCUUCCGUUGGGUAAGCAUACAAUCAUCAAAAUUUGAUGUGUCUACACUAUGUUAUUCAUCAAGAAGCUGUCGAUCCAUCUUCUGUUUUUCAGAAUGCAGAAGCUUAAAUUUGAAACAGUUCAAGCUAUUGAGAGUUUUCUUCUGUAUUAGCUAUCGGAUGCACAAAAAUAUUGUGGAUCUCGUCCAUUUGAGAUAUUUACCUUCAGCGCUUUAUAAUCAAAAUAUUGUGGAACUGUUUAAGGCUUGGAAUAUUCAAACACUAUAUAAUUGUGCAGAUGAUAGGAACUAUUUGGAGUUUCCACAACUGCAAUAUUUUCGUUGUUUAUUUGUUACGGGACUUCCAAAUUUGUUCAUCAAAACUUGCAGAGUCUUUCUUGGUUGAGGCCUAAUCAUUGCACAAAAGAAUUCUUUACACAUGUUCCAAACGUAAAGAAGAUACGGAUUGCCGGUGAACAAAGAGAGUGCAAUGAUUGCAUCGAGAACCUUGUCAGUUUGCAGCAGCUGGAGAGACUGUAUAUUAAUACUAAUAGAUGGCAUUAUACGAGUCCAAACAUGAUCCUGAUUAACAGCCAUAUUGUUCUCUUGAAAAGCCUUAAGAGGUUAAAAUUUCUGGGUAAUUGUUUUGGGUGGAAUGAAAUUAAUGUUCUGUGCAAGUUGCCUAAGUUGGAGGUGCUCAAGUUAUAUGAUCAUGCCUGUGUAGGCGGACAAUGGGAGCUAUCAGAGGAUGACAAAUUCUGCCAGUUAAUUGUUUUUGAAAUUGAUGCAACUGAUCUCGAGGAUUGGAAAGCCACUAGUGAUCAUUUCCCAAAACUUGAGCAUCUCUCCCUUUUUUCAUGCAAGAAUUUGAAAGAGAUCCCUAGCGGAUUUGCAGAAAUUGAAGGAUUGAAAUCAAUCAAAUUAGCGGGUUGUCGUCCUUCUGUGGUUGCUUCAGCCGAGGAAAUCAAGCAAGAUCAACUUGAUUAUUUGAAUAAUAUUGUGGAUGUGGUUGUCGGGAAGCACCAUGGCUACCCUCCGGUUUAUGAGCCUGAAUCUGAUGAAGCUUAGUUUGAUGAAAAUGAGUUUUUCCAGAAGAGCAGAAGGAGGAAAGCUUGAAAAAAAUUGGUAGCUAAGCACAUUUAUCACUGUGAAUCAUAAAAUUUGACUUUGUAACAUUGUACUGUGUAGCUCUGAGUGAGAAAGCGUUGCAUCUAUCACUUUGUGCUUUAAAGUGACUUAGACUUGUCGUCCUUUGUUGUGCUUUUUGUUUUAAAACGUUUGUUUCUAUUUCAUUCAUAAGGUCGGUCAUGUGAUAUGCUUGAAUUUCCAUGUUUAUAUUGGUGUAAAAAAUUUUCCUUUUGCAGUUAAAUAUUUGCAUUUCA